CAAUCCAUUGAGAACGAACGGGAUUUGUCGAAACAAACGAGUCGAAACCAUAUAGUGCAGAUCCUCCGACUGGACCAAAAGGAGCUCUCGGCAUCAUGGUGGGAGCUGAAACUUUCAUUGUAUUUGUGA